CACAUGUACAGAGCAGAACAACAGCCGUGGAAAAAAGUUAAAGAAACAGCUUUACCUCAAGCAGCUGACAGUAGAGACUUUGUUAAUGUAAAAUAUAUGGUUAUAGAUGGAUGACUAGAUAGAUAGAUACAUAAUUAAAUGAUGAGAGAUAAACAGGUGGAUAAUGAUAAAUAAAAAGACAGCCAGACAGCAUAAUAAUAAAGAAAAAUACAUGAAUUCUAACUUUAUAAAUGUGAUACCAGGGUCCAGUAUGUAGCAAACGUAGAAUUUGGACUUAGAAUUAAGUAGUUGCUUAAGGUAUUAGCUUUGGUUGACCCUUGGGAAAUAUUUAUUAUUAUUAAUAGUAGUAGUAGUAGUAUUGUUAUUGUUGUCAUUGUUGUUGUUGUUGUUCAGGAUAUACAUAUAUAACUAUAAGCUAAUAAUGCUGAGCAGAGGGGGCGGGGUUAUCAGAGGCGAAGGGGCGGAGCUCUCUCUCAGUUCUCUGUACUGAAGAUGGAAGUGAAAGUAGCCAUUACACUUCGUGCUGUAACGGACUAAAACAGAAGGAAUAUAUGUGUGUGUGUGUGUGUGUGUGUGUGUGUGUGCGUGCGUGUAGACAGGGGGAAAUUUUACACACAGUGUUUAAACUAUAAUGAGGUAAAUACUGAAUAUGAGUCGCUCUGAAAUGUGGACACACUUCAGCUAAAGCAGCAAUGUUUAUAUGAGGAACAGAAAAGGAUUUUAUUAGUUUGAACCUACAGAGAUAAAGAUGGCGACUGCAAGCAAUGAGUUUAAACUCAGUGGUCCCAGUGGUACAGAAUGGUAUAAUCCCUCUGCUGUCACUCUUUCGUGUCGUCUGUCUCCUGAAAUCAGUGUUGUUAACAUGGAGAUCCGAUGGUUUAAGGGGACAGACUGUGUUUGUGUCUAUAAGAACAGACAUGUGACAAAGGGGAGAGGUUACGAGGGCAGAGUGAGCCUGUUCACUCAGGAGCUGGACAAAGGAAAUGUCUCCUUACAGUUGAGAGACUGUACAGGGUCAGACAGAGGACAUUACCUGUGUCAGGUCACUGAUGGAGACAGAACAGAGGAGAUAACAGUAGGGAUAACGGUAACUUCAUUACUGGAAAUGCUGAACCUAACUUCAGUACGGGUAGGUAAAGAACUCGACUUCACACUGAUGGUAAAGGCUGAUAUUUUAUAAACUUAUCACAUAUAUUACAUUUCAAUCCAGGGAUCAAAUAGAAAUAUAAAAAGCAAUUUCCGAUCAUGUUUACGUGAAGGACUCUGAUCAGUAAGUGAGAUUACACUUCCAUCAGUCAGUUUCUUUCCCACAAUGCUCCUGUGCGUAACCCCACUGCAUUGCAAUAAUGUAGGCAGAGACGAUUACCAUGUCGAGUAAGAGACACAACAAACAUGUAACAUAUAACACACACCACUGCCAGACUCCACCAGAAUCUUAUUCAAAAUCAUAUACGAAUAAAAAUGACAAAAUUACCCAGGAUUCCCCUAGGUUAAAUAGGUGUCUUUUGUGCGAAUAUCCAAGUACCAUUGCACCUUUUUGGAUUAUUUUCAUAAGGUAUAACUCCUAAUUGUGUUCUUCCUGAAAUGAACAGUAACUUAACAUUUCCUGACACUUCACAAUAAACAUAAAUCAUAGCUUUAACAGUUUUGAGUGCUUGUAGACAGAAUAAUUGCCAUCACUUGCUCUGCAUAACAAUCACAGCAUAUUUUGAAAAAGCAUUGAAGAGUUGACUCGGUCUAGCAUUUAGUCUCUUUAAGCUAAAAGUAGUAAGCCAUGUUAAUGCACACAGCAUAAAGACAACCUGACUGAACUGAGAAUAGAAGUCCUUACCUUCAUUUAUAAAACUUCCAUAAUAGGAGAGAGGGAUUUAGGAGUGAAAGAGAGAAAAAUAUAACAAGAUCACGCCUCUUCCCAAGUCUACUGUGACAUAUAAUAUGCUGUCGUAACCGAUAUAUAGACAAGGCAGUAGCAAAGCACAUCAUUCUGUUAUCUGUUAAUUUUUUUACAUUGAUAAAUGUCUGUUUUUAAUUAAAGGAAGUGGGAAUCUGAUAUACUGUAUAUUCCUUUAUGUACUACAAUAACACAUAGAUAUAUUACAGAAUAUUGAACUGUAUAUUUAAAAUACUUAGGGGGAAAUGCACAUAUACUGACAUAUUAGUAUAUUCAUAAAUACAUGCAUUUAUCAGAAAAUAGUAUUUUCCAAUAAAUCACAAGAUAUUUCUGUUCCUUAAGGGUAACUAACGGUAUAUUAGCAUGAUGCUACAUUAUACAGAUUUACUGUGUGUGAUGACUGAUUGUUCUCUGGUUUUCCUCUUUUUUUUAUUAAAAUACACAUCAGCUGUGUUUUAACCAGAGUAACAGUUACUUUCACAUUUUCAUAUGGGACAAUUCACAUUUGGCUUCAUGCAUAAAAUCUUCACACAGUUUUUUUUGUUUGUUUGUUUGUUUGUUUGUUUUUUUACAGGAAAUGCUGAACCGUGAGUAUAAACACUUUUCUCUGAUAGUGAUGUCUUGAUGCUGCAUGAAUAAUAUAUUUAUUGUGCAGAUGAAAUAGAUUAGACUGUGCUGUGUGUUCAGAGUGCAAUAGCACAUAGAUAUAUGAGCAUCAUGAGCAUAGUGUAGUGAACACAACAGACUGUGAUCGCUGGCAGAACAUUCAUCAUGCUGUUGUAUAGUUUGUCAUUAGUGUUAUACGGACAUCGACAUCUGACCUACACACUGAUACUGAGAGCUAAAAAGCUGAACGAUUGUUUACAAAUGACACACACACUCAUUAGUGAGCAAUCUGCUCUAAUCAAGCUAAUAAUCAGAGAUUGGCUUAAUAUCAGUUUAAACUGAAACCAUCAGAGACAUUUUUACAUCAGAGAGGAAAUUAAAUUACACACUAAAUGUGGCCUUUAGAUUGUUACAGUCACUGGAUAUCCAGUAGAACAGACUAGAUCACUGCCAAAUAUAACACUGAGAACCACAACAACACACAAAGCUAGGUAAUAUUGGGCAGCUAGUUUGUUCUGUAGACUGUGUGCUGUGUUUGAAUGAGCACAGUCAGAAUGAGCACAGUUACACUGCGACAUCAGAGAUCAGACUGCUGCAGAAUCAGACAGAGCCACG